GGUCGUGAGCUGCUUUAGUCUGGCAGGCUGUUGUGAUGCUCGGAGCGUGCCGAAGGACCGCGGCGACAGCCUGACUGCUCUGCUGUGAGUGGGGGGCCUGGCCGGAGAGGGGGGGGGAGAAACUGCUCGCACCCUGCCGAACGUAGCGGAGCCCCCAGGACCGUGUGCGCAUCUGGAUCGCCUCCUACUUGGCUGCUGCUUCUGCCAUCUCUGGAUUUUUGUUUUCUUCCAACACUCUGACAUCCUCCUCCUUCCUGAAACUCCCCUGCAAUCAUGUUCCGGAACCCCUGGAUCACAAACUACCUGAGCCACACCGGCCACUGCAGGCACGGCUUUGGAGUUGAAUCUCCGGUCAAGCCUGGCAGUCCGAGACUCUUACAGAAGAGGGCUUUGAGCCUUCAGAAAGAGUUUUCGUUCGAGGACAAGGACGAGUCGGCCGGGAGCACCAAGGAUAUCGAUGCCAACCUUUUGGCAGUCCUACCCAAAGUUUCAGAAUUAAAGAAACGCUUUGAAGGUGUCGUCUCCAGUGAUCUGGAAAUGAACAGGAAAGAGAGGAUCGCCCGGCGUCUGGAGGGCAUCGAGACGGACACACAACCCGUCCUCCUGCCGAGCUGUGCCGGCCUGGUGACCAACCGGCUGCUGGAGGAGGACACGCCGCGCUACACCCGGGCCUCUGACCCCUGCGACCCCUGCAUCGUGGUCAGACGCUACAGCCGGGAGGAGCUGGAGGCCCCUGACGUCCCCUCUCCGGAGCGGCAGUCGAGGGCGCGGAGUCGGGCGGAGCCUCAGCCAGCGCACGCGGACUCCACCCUCGGCCCCGCCCCCCCGAGCUCGGCAGGCCUGGACUCCAAGGCGGAGAGAAUAGCCCGGUAUAAAGCGGAGCGGCGGCGGCAGCUGGCAGAGAGGUACGGCCUCUCCCUGGACCAGGAGCCCGAGGUGGACUUCACGCCCCGCUACACCCGCCUGCGCAAGGAGUCCGACACGGAGAGGCACGCCCCGUCUGAGAGACACGCCCAUUCAGAGAGGCACAUCCCUCAGGAGAGACACACCCCAUCGGAGAGGCACGGCCCUGCAGAUAGGCACACCCCCUCGGAGCGGCACAUCCUUUUAGAGCGCCGUCGGAGCAGGGAUGAGGAGGAGGGCCGGGGGGAUCGGGGCGUCCCGUACAGCAGCAGCUCGGGUGUGGGGCGGGCCGUCAUUCAGGCCUACUCCGAGCCCAGCCCCACCCGCGAGAGGCAGGGCAGCUUCUCGGAGCGCGAGAGGAUGAUGAACAUGGAGAACUACAAGCGGGCCCAAGACCGGGGCGGCAGGGCGCAGACCCAGGACCAGCCCAACUAUAUGGAAGUGUCCACUCCCGCCAAGUCGCCCGCCAAAGACGCCUCCAUCACCGGGGUGCCCAACUCCCCGAAAACCGGCCGGCGCUCGUCCCUGCCCUCGGCGCGGUACGGCAUCUCCCCCGGCGACCUGUUCAUCGAGCAGCAGGCCCAGAACAUCCUCAGCAGACAAGGCCUGGUCUUUGCACCACAGAAUGAUUGGCUCCGCGCAGAUUUGGACGAUAUCGACUGGCCCUCCAGGAUUAGAGUUAGAGACAGGCUGGGGAAAGAGGAAGUUGUGCAGAGGCGCCCCGAGCAGAUGCCCGAAGCUGCAAACCUAGCGUCCAGGAGGCACCCGCUGGUGUGGGCGCACUACAUGGGCUCUCGCCCCAACUCCUCCGCCCAGAACACAACUCCCCCUAUCCCUUCACACCCCAGCACGGGGCAGCCACAGUCACCCAGCUAUGCCCAGCCCACCGGCCCGCCCCCACUUGCCAGGCCGAUAGGAGAGCACAGCGUCCGUCAGGGGUACCUCUCGAUGCCGGUCACCCCCCCGGCACAGGAGAAGGAGACGGAAAGAAGGGGGAGCGUCGACCACGUCCAGACCCAAGGCCCAGCCCAGGACGGCACGGGGGAGGUCCGGACCGAGGGCCUGCUGAGGAGCAGGAAGGCGGUCCUGCCGUCGGAGGUGCGCCGCAGGGAGAGGAGCGUGGAGGACUUGCACCGGCUCCACAGGGAGGGGCCGCGGGAGGGGUACAGGGGGCGCCGGCACGGCAACGAGGCGGAGGCGGAGCCCACCAGGCCGCCGGAGCACGGGCCCCGGCACCAGGCUGCAGAGGAGGCGCUGACCCCGCCAAGGGAGGCCCAGCAGCGGAGCGAGGCCACCGCCCACCUCCAGAGGAGCCCCGCCCUGGCCCGGCAGAGGAGUGUGGAGACGCCCCCCACCAAGCACAAGGUCCGCAUGCGCUCCAUGUCCGACAUCGGGGUGGCCCAGCGCUCUGCCGUGUUCAGGAGCCUGGAGCGGGCUGCCAGCAAGGAGAGGGUGUUCCACAGCAGGGAUGGGGGCGUACCCAACGGGGACAUCGGCACGCUCGACACCCGGGUCUCGGUGGCCCAGCUCCGACACUCCUACCUGGAGAGCACCACUGCCGUCAGGAAGCCAGAACUAGAGCCUAAGGGAGAGCUGGACGGUGAAUCGGCAGGGAAAGGCGAGUGGGAGAGGAGCACUCGGAGGCCGAGGCUUUAUAUCACUCCCGGGGACGGGAGAAAGACCUCAGAGAGGUUUAGGACUCAGCCAAUCACCUCUGCAGAGCGUCUGGAGACCGAUAGGUCCUGCUUGAGUCCCACAGAACUACAAAACACUGAAGUGGAUGAGGAGAAACUGGAUGAGAGAGCCAAGCUCAGCGUGGCGGCCAAGAGGUCCCUCUUCCGGGAGCUGGAGAGGACCACCGAGGGCGGUGUGCCCAAGCCCCGGUCCCGCAACGCGGCCGUGGAGAGGCGGCUGAGGCGGGUUCAGGACCGCGCCCGCACCCAGCCGGUCACCAGCGAGGAGGUGGUCAUCGCCGCCACUGUCCCCGCCCCCUCGUCCCACACGGUGACGGUGUACCCCACUGUAGCGCGCGUCCCUAGCCCCACUGUAGUCAGCAGCACAAUGACACACUUCAGUCUGCAGGCCUCCUCUCAGCACGGCUCGGCGGCCCGGGAGUCCCAUCAGGCGAAGGAGGUGGAGGAGAACCGCUCGUCUGGGACCGCGCCGACCGUGGAGGGCCCGGAGGAACCCGACCUAUCCACUCUCAGCCUGGCUGAAAAGAUGGCGCUCUUCAACCGGCUCUCCCAGCCCGCCUUGCGGGCGUCAGACGGCACCAGGACCGACAUCCGGCAGCGCCGAGCUAACGCCCGCUUCCAGACCCAGCCCAUAACCCUGGGGGAGGUGGAGCAGGAAGUAGUACCAGCAGGUCCUACCCAGUUGACAAACGGCACUGUAGACCAGCCGCAGGGAGACCUUAACAGUGAGCAACUUCAGAAUGGAGGAGGGGGCAGGAUAGGGCCGCUGUCGGCCACGGUGGUCAGGUCCGCCACGGCCACCACACUCUCCACCGCCCAGGCAGGCGACGUCCACCUCGGCAAGUCGACGGCCGUCAUCUGCGGCCCCCAGCUGUCCGGGCGAGGGACCUACGACAGGGCCGCCGCCAGGCAGCAAGCCUCGCCCCAGAGCACUGACAUCAGCAUCAGAGGCGUGGCUGUGUCAGAGCCCCACCCUCCACCCACCGCAGAGCCACGCUCUCCGCCUGCCGUGGAGACACGUUACCCGCCCUUUAUGGAACCACACCCCCUGUCUGUCCCGGAGUCCCGCCUCCCAACCGCCAAAGAGCUCCGCCCCCCAGCCCUCGCAGAGCAACAGCAGAGGUCAGCCGAGGUCAGGGGUGCGUUUCACGGGUCAGCAUCUCCAGGGCGGAGACGAGAGGAGUCGCCAAGGCUGACGAGAGAGGAGAGGAGGGUCCUCUCGCCCGACAGGGACACACGACAGCCACUGGCCCCCCUGCAGGACAGAGCUGGCGAUCGGCAUGCCGACCUAACCAGGCGGGGCGAAGCCGACCGACACAGUCUGCAUGAACCUGAGGUCGUAGUCCUCCAGGAGAGACGUGAGCACAGGGACUACCUGAGGGAGGCGCAGUCCUCGCGGGAGCUCCACCAGACAGAGAUCAUCCUCAGAUCCAGGGCGGGCAUCUCAGCAGCGCUGCCGGAGCCCACUCUCCCAGCGACUGCGGCGACGUCGAGGAGCACCUCCCAGACCCCGCACACGCCGCCCGCCAUGCCGCAGCCCCGAGACACCAGCGGGGACCCCGAUCUCCGGGACGGACAGGACCCUGACGCCGUGUCCGCGCGGCAGAUGUCCAUCAAAGAGAGACUGGCCCUGCUGAGGAAGAGCGGGGAGGAAGACUGGAAGAACCGGAUCAAUAAGAAACAGGAAGUGGUGAAGGUGGCUGUGAACGAGGGGCACACCCAGCUGUGGGAGGUAGAGCAGAGCUACAAGAAAAAGGAGGAAGGGGUGAUAAUUGAUGACAAUGCUGUGUCUGAUCAGCUCUGGGAACCUGUCUUUGCUUCCACUUACUCUCCACCUCCUCCCAUUGGCCAUAAAUGUCAGUAUGUUGACCCUUAUAACCAGAGAAUGGGAGAGGAGACGGAGGCUCAGAUGACAAUCGAGGAGAGGAAGCAGCUGAUCACCACCAGGGAGGAGGCCUGGAAGGCCAAGGGCAAGGGGGCCGCCAAUGACUCCACUCAGUUCACCGUGGCUGCACGCAUGGUCAAGAAAGGUUUGACGACCUCUACCGUCAGCAGCCCCGCGCUGUCCCCUGUCCCCCCCAAAUCCAAGAGCAGCACGCCCACCGUCACUAAGCCCCCAGAAGAAAUUGAAGCUAGACCAGAGAUGAACCUGGAGUCUGACAGAAAGCUGGAUAAGCUGGAGACCUUUUUGGGUCGGUUGAACAGUAAAGUAACAGGAAGUCAGGAGACGACGAUAACGGUGACAGAGAAGGCUGUGAAGGAAGUGAUGAAGCUGGACGAUGAGAUCUUCUCCAAAUUCUACCGGCACACGCCCGACCUCCCCCAGGUGACUGGCGGAGUGGAGAUUGACGAUGACUUUGACGCCAUCUUCGGUCCUCAGACACCAAAGCUGACCUCUGCCAUGGUGCAGCACCGGCGGGCAGUGCGGCCACUCCGGAAGGUCCAGUCAUCCAGGAACCCUCUGAAGAUGCUGGCAGCCAGAGAGGACAUCCGGCACGAGUACACCGAGCAGCGGCUCAACGUGGCCGUGCUGGAGUCCAAGAGGAUGAAGGCUGAGAAGAUGACUAAGAGCACCAGCCUGUCGGAGGUGGCUCUGGCGGGCCUGGCCAGCAAGGAGAACUUCAGCAGCGUCAAUCUGCGCAGCGUCAGCAUCUCGGAGCAGAUGUCCAACAACAGCGCCGUGCCCUACAAGAAGCUGAUGCUCAUGCAGAUCAAAGGCCGGCGGCACGUCCAGACCAGGCUAGUCGAGCCCAGAGCAUCGUCCCUGAACAGCGGAGACUGCUUCCUCCUGGUCACGCCCCAGCACUGUUUCAUCUGGAACGGGGAGUUUGCCAACGUCAUCGAGAAAGCCAAAGCCUCUGAGCUCGCUACGUUCAUCCAGACGAAGCGAGACCUGGGCUGCCGCGCCAAUGACGUGCAGACCAUCGAGGAAGGGGCCAACCCCAGCAGCCCCGUGGCCACCGAGUUCUGGAAGAUUCUCGGCGGACAGGCCAGCUACCAACCUGCUGGAAAGCCAGAAGAAGAUGAGCAGUACGAAACCGCCAUUGUGGAGACCAACUGCAUCUACCGCCUGGUGGACGACAAGCUGGUCCCUGACGACGACUACUGGGGAAAGGUCCCUCGCAGUGCUCUCUUAGACUCCAAAGAGGUGCUGGUGUUUGACUUCGGCAGCGAGGUGUACGUGUGGCAUGGGAAGGAGGUGACGCUGGCGCAGAGGAAGGUGGCCUUCCAGCUGGCCAAGCACCUGUGGAACGGCACCUUUGACUACACAAACUGCGACAUCAACCCACUGGACCCGGGAGAGUGCAACGCACUCAUACCCAGGAAAGGGCAGGGACGGCCUGACUGGGCCAUCUUCGGCAGGCUGACGGAGCACAACGAGACCAGCUUGUUCAAGGAGAAGUUCGUAGACUGGACAGAGAAGACGAAACCGUCACUGAAGAAUGAAAAUGAGCAAGUGUUUGAGCAGAGGGAGCAGCAGGCGCAGGAGUGCCGCCCGUACGACGCCACGCUGAUGCUGCCGGUGCUGCGCACUCCCGUGGGCAUGGUGCUGGACGGGGCGAACGUGGGCCGGGGUUACGGCCUGGUGGAGGGCGAGGACCGCAGGCAGUUCGAGGUCAGCACGCUGUCGGUGGACGUGUGGCACAUCCUGGAGUUCGACUACAGCCGGCUGCCCAAGCAGAGCAUCGGCCAGUUCCACGAGGGCGACACAUACGUGGUGAAGUGGAAGUACAUGGUGAGCGCAACAGUUGGGAAGAGGCAGAACCCGGAGCAGGCUCGGACUGCGGGCCCUGGAAAGGAGAAGUGCGCCUAUUUCUUCUGGCAGGGCCGCAACUCGACGGUGAGCGAGAAGGGCACGUCGGCGCUGAUGACGGUGGAGCUGGACGAGGAGAGGGGGGCUCAGGUCCAGGUGCAGCAGGGAAAGGAGCCCCCGUGUUUCCUGCAGUGCUUCAAUGGAGGGAUGAUCGUGCACUCGGGGAAGAGGGAGGAGGAAGAGGAGAACAUACAGAAUGACUGGCGCCUGUAUUGUGUGCGCGGGGAGGUGCCGGUGGAGGGCCACCUGCUGGAGGUGGCGUGUCACUGCAGCAGCCUGCGGUCCCGCGGAUCCAUGAUCCUCCUCAACAUCAACCGGGCCGUGAUCUACCUGUGGCACGGCUGCAAGACCCAGCAGCACACGCGCCAAGUGGGCCUCACCGCUGCCAACAGGAUCAAAGAGCAGUGUCCAUUGGAGGCGGGGCUACACAGCAGCAGUAAGGUCACCAUUCAUGAGUGUGAUGAGGGGGCGGAGCCUGUAGGCUUCUGGGAGGCCUUGGGAAGGAGAGACCGGAAGGCCUACGACUGCAUGCUCCAAGAUCCAGGAAAAUUCAACUUCACCCCGCGGCUCUUCCAGCUAAGUAGUUCGUCUGGGGAAUUUGUGGCCACAGAAUUCUUUUACCCUGCCAGGGACCCUGAGCUGGUCAGCUCACUGCCCUUCCUGCAAGAGGAUCUGUACACAGCCUCCCAACCAGCCCUGUUCCUGGUGGACAACCUGCACGAGGCGUACUUGUGGCAGGGCUGGUGGCCCCCCGACAGCGAGAGCACCGGCUCCGCCCGCAUCCGCUGGGACUCGGACAGGAAGUGCGCCAUGGAAACGGUGCUGCAGUACUGCAGAGAGAAAAAUGAAAAGAGACCCCAGAAGUCGUACCUGAUCCAUGCUGGCCUGGAGCCGCUCACCUUCACCAACAUGUUCCCCAGCUGGGAGCACCGUGAGGACAUUGCCGAGAUCACCGAGAGGGAGGCAGAGGUGUGCAACCAGAUCAUCCUGGUGGAGGACGUGCUGGCCCGGCUGUGCAAGAACACCUACCCGCUGGCCGAGCUGCUAGCACGGCCCCUCCCGGAGGGCGUGGACCCCCUGCACCUGGAGCUCUACCUGUCAGAUGAGGACUUUGAGGAUGUAGGGGCUUCUGGGAAGAAAGCAUUGGAGAUGUCCCGGGAAGAAUACGAGGGACUCCCGGGCUGGAAGCAAGUGAACCUGAAGAAAGCCAAAGGACUGUUUUAGAGCGAACUGCCAACCCAGCGACUGUUGCCAGGGCGGACGGACUGACCAGAUUGGCCACUGAGGUGACUUCAGCCCCCCAGCCCCCCCCCCCCCCGCCAACUGUGGGGGCCAGCUUCUCCUGAGAAGGGGCGAUGAGAGGAGGGGCGGGGAAAAAAAGGGUGGAGGAUCUCCUGAGGCGCGCAGGCCUCUUGUAGCGUUUUGUAAUGUUUCCUGUUAAUUUUGUAGGAGAAUCCUGAGGAAGUUUGAGUGGCUGUUUUCCAGGUUAAAAAACCAGGCCCUGCCCUUUUUACUAUUGAUAGAUAUAUCCUUUACAUGCACUUAUCGUACAGGUCAAAUUGCAGACUGCAGAAAGACAUCACCUGGCCACGUACUGCCUGUCUUUGUAAGGUUUAUUAUUUUUUUUUUGUGUGUUUGUGCGUUAUAAAUUUAUAUUUAUGUAAACACCUUAUAGGGAAAAAAAGAGUACUCCAGUCUGUUGUAUUUACUCUGAAGGGUUUGCGCCAUGUUGACAGAUUUAUCUGUCUCCUGCUUACUGAAAGGAAAACCGCAUGCCACUGGUGUACCUAUCAAUCCGCAUUCAGAAACAUCUGUGGUCAUUGUUGUGUCCUUCCUCACCUGUCGGGUGCUGAGAUGAACGGCGAUGUAUUUUAAAGGCAUGGAAUUAAACGACAAAAUAUAAAAUUUAAAUGUAUAGUGCCUUGCUUUCGUGUACAGUUUAUAUACAGAAAGAUUCUAGUCUGCAUUUUGAAGACUGUUUUUUUGUGAUAAAUGAAAUUAGAAAAUAA